GGUGGCAGCGGCGGUGGCCGGGCUCCGGGAAGAUGGCAGAGAGCGAACGGCGGGCAGGCACCUCUGAGGAGGUGGCUCCUCCCCUCCAGCAGAGCUUCAUGAUCCCCAAAAAGGAGAUAAACAUGGUUUCUGACAUGGCCAAAUGGAAGCGAUCUCAGGCAUAUGCAGAUUACAUGGGCUUCAUCCUCACUCUGAAUGAAGGUGUCAGGAGCAAGAAGCUGACCUGCGAAUACAAAGUUUCAGAGCCCAUUGAAAAGCUGGUGGCUCUUCUGAACACCCUUGACAGAUGGAUCGAUGAAACCCCGCCAGUGGAUCAACCUUCUCGCUUUGGGAACAAAGCCUUCAGGACCUGGUAUGCCAAACUAGACCAGGAAGCAGAAAAGUUGGUGGCAACAGUGAUCCCCAAGCAUUUGGCUGAUGCUGCACCAGAAGUGGCCGUGUACCUGAAGGAAUCUGUGGGGAACUCCACCCGCAUUGACUAUGGCACAGGGCAUGAAGCUGCAUUUGCAGCCUUUCUCUGCUGCCUCUGCAAAAUCGGUGUGCUCAGAGUGGAUGACCAGAUGGCCAUCGUCUUUAAAGUAUUUAACAGGUACCUAGAAGUGAUGCGAAAACUUCAGAAGACCUACAGGAUGGAACCUGCUGGCAGCCAGGGCGUGUGGGGCUUGGAUGACUUCCAAUUUCUACCUUUCAUAUGGGGCAGUUCCCAGCUGAUAGACCAUCCAAAUCUGGAACCUCGACACUUUGUUGAUGAGAAGGUGGUAAAUGAAAACCAUAAGGACUUCAUGUUCCUGGAGUGCAUCCUCUUCAUUACAGAGAUGAAGACGGGCCCCUUUGCCGAGCACUCCAACCAGCUCUGGAACAUCAGCGCCGUGCCCUCCUGGUCCAAAGUCAACCAGGGCCUCAUCCGCAUGUACAAGGCAGAGUGCCUGGAGAAGUUUCCUGUGAUCCAGCACUUUAAGUUCGGAAGCCUGCUCCCCAUCCAGCCUGUGACGUCCUAAGGAGGCCGCGGGAGGAGUCAAGGCAGCAGAGGCGUAUAGCGGCGCUCUUCCUCCUUCCCUCACCCCCUCCUCAUCAUCUUGCCCGUUACACACAGCCCAUUCAUUCCUGCACAUCCUCAUUGGCAAUCGCAGAUCCAAAGCACUCGCCGGCCUUGCACGGGAGACGGGACCCGGAGCGGCUCCUCCUGCACAUCCCCAGCAUGGGGAUGUCUCGCCAGCGACCAAGCCAGGGCUGUGCUUCUCCGCUCUGCUGCGUCCACGGGCAGCGCGACUGCCGUGUACGGCUCUGGGCAUGUGAAUGGGGUUUGACUAGGGGCUGCCUUGCAGCAAAGGCCUUCUGCUUCCCUUCCCGGGAGGAAGGGGGUGUGGAGGGGAGGAAGGCACGUGUGUAUGUGUUGGG